CGGACGGCUCCAACGCCAGUCUUAACCUCGCGCGGCAACCUCCCGCACUAUAAGAGGCCAGGGGUUGUUUUUUAGGGUUUCCGCCGCCGCAGCCACACACACCAAAACCAUCCCCUCUCCUCCCCCUCCGCUGCCGUCUCUGCCCUCCCGGAUCGCCAUGGCGUCGGAGAAGAAACAGUCGAACCCGAUGCGGGAGAUCAAGGUGCAGAAGCUCGUGCUCAACAUCUCCGUCGGAGAGAGCGGAGAUCGCCUCACCCGCGCCGCCAAGGUGUUGGAGCAGCUGAGCGGACAGUCCCCAGUUUUCUCCAAGGCGAGGUAUACUGUGAGGUCUUUUGGUAUCCGGCGCAAUGAGAAAAUUGCGUGCUACGUCACAGUCAGGGGUGAGAAGGCAAUGCAGCUUCUCGAGAGUGGGCUGAAGGUGAAGGAGUACGAGCUACUAAGAAGGAACUUCAGUGAGACUGGCUGCUUUGGGUUUGGUAUCCAGGAGCACAUUGAUCUUGGCAUCAAGUAUGAUCCGUCCACAGGUAUUUAUGGUAUGGACUUCUAUGUUGUUCUCGAGCGUGCUGGAUACCGUGUUGCUCGCCGGCGCAGGUGCAAGUCCCGUGUGGGGAUCCAGCAUCGGGUGACCAAGGAAGACGCCAUGAAGUGGUUCCAGGUCAAGUACGAGGGUGUUAUCCUCAACAAGGCCCAAGCAAACGCCUGAUAACCAUUCGGGGGAGUAAACCAGUUGUCAUUUAGAACUUCUGCUACGUUUAAUCUGCUCCAUGGAAUUGUAUGUUUGUUGGAUAGCAAAUGCACUGUCAAUUUUGCCUCUGUUGGAGCUGUUGACCUUCUACGUCCGUAAUUCCAUCUUGAUGAUCAGACUAGCA